AUGUCCGAGGGAGUGGACUACUCCGGUUGUCCAGCAGAAUCUCCACGAGUUCCACAGCUGUUUCCGGACAGUUGGUCGUUUUCUAAAGAGCCGAGCAACCUAGAAACUGCGGUCUAUGGCAACGAGGUGCUGUUCCACCCGGUGUACGCGUUCGGGACCGCCGGAGUCCGCGGGGCCAGGCAGCUAACGGCCUCCUCGAUCGUCUACUGGGACACGAGAGUGUGUCAGAACCUCUUCGGAACGUCUAUCAUGUUCGGUGUCGGCACCAAACAUGCCGCGGUAAGGGGUGCAAUUACGGAUUUCACUGCGGCAUAA